AUGUCAGGCCCACCAGAAGGAGUGGUCUGGUUUCCCAAGAAGCUCUUCUCUAUUUGGUGCGACACGACGCUAGAUAUAAGCGAUACGGAACGUAUGAAAGAGUUCAAGCGAGAAGGGGAGGAAUCUUAUAGGUUCCUUGGGGUUGACAUCACCGUCAACGCGGAAGUCGAAGACAAAGACAAGCCCAAGAAGAAGCAUCCGCGCACUGAAUUUGCUGUCGGAGGGGCGACGGCAAGCUACGACAAGAUCUCAGCUUUGUAUGGCAGGGAUGCUACCAACCCAACUCGGGUCGUGACCUUGCAUCAGGAUGGAAAUCUGUUCGCACAGCCGGAACAGGCAUAUUCGGUGCACUUCCCAUGCCGACUCCCGAGGAGCGAUUCCUGUGGCUGGACCUCACCUAUGCAAUUGGCCAAGGCUAGAGACCUCGAUGCCUUAGCCAAGAAGUACAAUAUUGAUCGCAAUCCCAAAUACUAUCGUGCGGAGGUCGACCAAGAGGAUCUUAGAAAAAGCUCCAGCGGCACAUUCCAGGAAUCUCUGAAGAAAUGGAUGUUAGAUUUCUGGGCUGAGAACCGGCCACAUUUCUUUGGGAAUCAGAAACAUGCAGGCUCCGCCACGCUAGUCGCAGAGAAAUGGUCACAGGAGAUAGCUGAAAAGCCCGAGUACAAAAAUCUUACCAUUCAAAGUCUUUUGGCACAAAGAAACACUGUAGAACGUGAGAAAUUCGUUAAGGCGCUCUCUGACGCGAUCAAUGCAGGGCCCACAGGAUGGAAGGUUGUUCCCAAGCCCAAACUCGGUCCUGUGGAUUCUUUCAGUGCUGUCGUCACGGAAAUUGGCGCGUUUCUGAAACUUGACUUUGGAGACGUCUUCGAAUUCGACUUGGGGAAAUGGGUGCUGAAAAUGGCAGACUGGAAUCAGUUCGGUAAAUGGAUAUACCCUCGCGAUCUUGUUCUCGCAUUUCCCACUAGGGAAGUGAUGGCUAGCGCUGCAACGAAGGACGUGACUGGGAAUUACACUUACAAUGACAAGACUUUCCCUGACAUCAUCAAGCGCGAGUACAGCUUGGUCCUGAACUACAAGAUCACCGAGUCGACCCCAUGGGAGAAGCAACUUGCGCUUUUCAUGGCCCAGAUUCUGGCCAUCGCAGCGGACGCUAUACCGGCCAGUAACUCACUCGCAACAUUUCGACAAAAUGUAUUUGUUGCUGAAAUCGCAAACUCCUCCUUCCCCAGCCCCCGCAAUGGCUUCCCAGUCGACGAAUCGAUGAUAUCGAACAUGGAGGACAUCUAA